AUGACUUUCAUAUCAGGCAUGCUGGCUCUUGCAGCCAUAGCCGUCGCGCUUGUCAUCCGCAAGGUCAUAUCCGACAUUCGAUUCAACAGGAAAUACAGGUUUCCCCCCUCGCCUCCUGGGAAACCUUUCGUCGGCAACAUGCUGGAUGUGCCAUGGCCAGCCGGUAUGUGGGGAGUCGACCUGGCUAAGAAAUACGGCGAAAUGUUCACUAUUCGCAUCGGUAACAAAAAUGUGGUCUACUUAAAUUCGAGCCGCGUCGUGACCGAUCUUCUCGAGAAACGAGCUAGCAUCUAUGCCUCACGACCAGAUCGGCCUAUGGCUCAGGACAUUGCUUCGGGCGGCGUCCGCAUGUUGUUCAUGGGGCACACAAACCAGUGGCGCAAUCAAAGGAAAAUCAUGCACAAUAUUCUCAAUUCCCAGCAGGCCGAGACCAAAUUUGUCAAGUACCAAGAGCUUGAGUCGAGGCAGCUGAUUUGGGACUACCUGAAAGAUCCGGAGCAUUGGUACAACGCCAACCAGCGGUUCUCCAACUCCGUCAUUAUGGGUGUCGUGUUCGGAAGAAGGGCCGCCUUGGAUGACAAGGUGCUUACCAAAAUGCUAAAGCAGAUGAUUGAGAUUGGGAGCCUAGCCUUCCGCCCGAGUCUGCGCAGCGCUGCAGAUUUCGUUCCGUGGCUCAACUACCUACCCAAGCCUCUUCAGUGGUGGCGAUCAUACGGCGAAGACCUAUUCAAGCGAACCUUAGAUAUCUACAAGCAAGAAGUCGACGCCUACAUUGUGAAGAUGAAGAACGGUCAAGCGAAUCCUUGCUUCGCUGCUGACAUCAUUCAGGGAACUGCCAAGAAGGAAUUCAUCCUGGGAGAACAUGAGAAGCUCAUGGUUUUCAGUACGCUUCUGGAAGCAGGUAGCGACACGUCGCGCACUGCCACCACCCAAAUGUGUGCUGCUGCUGCCGUCUACCCCGAAUGGGUUAAGACGACACAAGCACUGUUAGACGAGGUGUGUGGCCACAAUGCCGAACGACUCCCCAUGUUGUCGGAUCGCGAAAAGCUCCCUUACAUCACAGCAGUAGUCAAGGAAGCUCUCCGAUGGCGUCCCUUCGUCCAAACUGGUGUCCCGCAUGAGCUGACGCAAGACGAUGAAUACGAGGGUUAUCGGUUCCCAAAAGGGACAUUGUUUACCUGGAACGCCUACGCCAUUGCCUUGGAUGAGAAAGAGUACAAGAACGCGCACCGAUUUCUGCCCGAGCGUUGGCUGGACAGUCCUGACCUGAAGAACCCUCUAAAAGGACACUGGUCCUUCGGCGCAGUAGGUCGUCGAGUGUGUGUCGGUUACAACGUCGGAUUCAAUAACGUUUGGAUAGCCACCGCAUGCUUACUUUAUUGCUACAACUUCGAACAGGAUCCGGACCAUCCCAUUGACACGUACAACAGUAUGUGGGACAGCGUUGAUAGGCCUCCAUUCAAGCUACGAGUCAAGCCUCGCAGCCAGGCACACAUCGAACUCAUCGAGCGCGAAGGCUUAAAAGCUUUGAAUACCGUCUAUUGA